GAGUGAUAAAAUUAUUUCACAAAUGCGCGCAAGUUGUUUGAUUAUGCUGUUAAAAGCUUUUAAUUUAGAUAUUUAGAACGCGGAUUAAGUUACAAAGCUGUUUCAGUGUAUAUGGCUUAUCAAGCUACAUGUUGAUUCUGUUUUGAGGCAGUAAACAUACAAAAUGGAGGUGCAGUUUGGUCCCAAUGCUCAUGAUGAACCGAAUCUGCUGUAUAAAUUACAACGUAAAAUCAAAGUAUUUGAUACAAGUGACGCACUGCCUAAUAGAGGGUAUAAUCUAGUGGCCAGUGCUAGUAAAUAUGGGGCUGUCUUUGUUGGUACACCGGAUGGAAAACUGGCAGUAUACCAUCUCAAGGAACUGGUAGACAAGGAGUGUGAACCGAACCACUUGCCGGUGCCACUGCAGGAGAAACCGACACACAUAGCUGUCAACAGCGACCAUGAGCUCCUGGCUGUUACAGGAGGACGGCUGUUUGUGCUCUUCAAAGUUGUGGAUUUGCUUAACCAGAAUGUGUCACCAUCCAUGUCUGUGCAGUUUGACGUAAGCCCGUCCACAUUCGUGUCAGAUGUCAAAUGGAACCCGUGCAUUCCUGACACCAUAGCUUACGCCUUCUAUGAUGGCGCCAUUAUCAUAUGCCAGGCGGGGCAAGGACAGGUUAAGAAGUUGCAGUCUAGUGCAAGAUGUCUCUGCUGGAGUCCAAAAGGCAAGCAGCUAGUAGUUGGUAACAGUGACGGCACAAUCUGCCAGUACAAGCCAGAUUUGUCAUUGAUGAAAUCAUUCCCUGCACCGAAUCUCUUUCAAAAUGCACCCGUGGAAGUGUUGGCUAUAUAUUGGAUAUCGACGUUCCAGUUCGCUGUGGUGUAUAAAAAUGCGACGGAUAACAGUAAACCAGCUGUUACGAUCGUGAACACACCUAAAGGCGGGCAGCCAUCAUGUUUGAACUACGAAGAUGUGUGCUAUAGUAUGGGCUCCAAUCGCCCGUGGUAUUACUAUCUCCAGGGGCUUGCUCAAUGGAAUGUGAUUCUGUGUUCGUCAUCAAAUAGCAUGGAAAUUGCUACGCUCGGGACUACAGAUGGCGCCAGUUGGCUUCAAUGGUGUCAGUCAGAUGAAGCUAGGCCCGAGUUGCCACUUACGGACAAGAAGCAAGAAAAUUAUCCAAUAGGAAUUACUAUCGACACAGCCGCCAUUCACCAGCUUCCUUGGGGUGAAAAUGAGAAUCUGCCUUUCAUGCCGACGCUACACGUGCUAUCACAGACGGGAUUGCUGACCGUAUUCAACGUCAUCAACCUGAACAAGGAGGCUCCUCAGAUCUGCUCGCCGGUUACUAUUGUCGGUACCACACCAUUCCCUGCACAAGCACAGCCCGUUGCUCCGCCCCCAGUAGCCGUUCCGCAGCCUAAACCCGUACAGCCUGCAAUGCCGCAACCGACGCCGGCGGCCGCGCCUAUUCCGUUCGGCGUGUCGGCCGCCCCCUCGUUUGGUGCCGUGCCAAGUCUCCAGCCACAGCAAACGCCUGUAAUACAGCCCCCGGAACCUGUAGAGGUCCAAGCGCCGCCAGCCCCUGUGCAGGUCCAACCAAAACCAGCGCCAAUCCCCCAAAAAGAUCCCACUCCAGAAAUAAACGCAGCCCUGAAGGCCGAGCAAGAAUUAGCCAAUAAACAGAAGGCAGACCAGGAAUUCAAAAACAUGCUCAUCAGGGAGGCCAACGAGUUUCAGACCGAGCUGUACGAGUUCGUUAAGAAGACGAGGCAGGCACAGAUUCAGUUCUACCGAGACCUCCACGCGAUUGACACAAACGCAGACCUCCAAAACCUAGACGCCGUAACCCUGAAGAAAGAGUGCUCCGUAGAUGAUCUGCGCAGCGCCAUUAUCGCGCUGAAGUUGGACCUAGUCCGCUCAUGCGCGGUGGUUGCUGAAGCUAGAACGCAAUCCGACGCAAAAGACCUGGACCAGUGGACCCAAGCGGACCCGCUGACCACGAAGCGAGUGGCGUCUGUCAAAAAACUCGCCUACUACGUGCAAAACCAGCUCGAACAAGCGCACAGCUCGCUCAACUACAAGUGGAAUCAGCUCGCUGAGCAAGAAUUGAAAUCCAAUAAACCAGGCCCCCGCAUGAUCCGACCAAUCAUGGACGACGUGUACCAACCACUAGUGAAGCAACAGGAAAUACUCAGUCGGCAAGAAGCAGUGCUCAAAAUGCUCAGAAACACGCUCAACGAAUGCGACGGCCCGGUGUAUAAAUCUACGCCUAUAUUGAGGAGCACGCCUUUUAAAAAAGACCCACUCUCCAAACUGACCAAAAACAUUCUAAACAUGAGUCUGGAACCCCAAAAACCCGAGAGCAAAAAUCUGCUCACCCCUCAAAAGUUAGACGCUUUGCGUGACAUGUUGUCCAAUCACAAGACAGUGAAAAUCAAACCAGUAAAUGUAGAGAUGAGGCAUCAUUUGACAACUAUGAGGAUGAGCUACGAGAAGAGUUUGAGGGAAGAAAAGGCGAGGGAACAAGCGAUAAAAGCUGAACCAGUGAAAGUGCAAGUGAAACAAGAGGUGAAACCAGUUAUUAAGCAAGAACCUAGACCAGUGAAAGAACCUCCGAAACCAGUGUUUGCUCCAAUAGCAGUCACGCAUGCUCCACAGCCUACUAAGACUUGGUUCACUGAAGAACCAAAAAAAGAACUUCCCAGCCCUCAAACCCAACCUCAAGAGAUCAGCUUCACGAUAUCCAAAACACCAACGGCCUCUCGUAACGUUCUCAAAAAUCUGCUCGAAAAUAAGCAAGUUACCGUUGAAAUGAAGAAAGAUGAAAACACUAUGGACAACUUCAUGGGGCAGAAGAUUUGUUCUCCUUCCAAUUUUAACUUCUCAUCAGUAAUAGUUGCAACUCCUACAGCGUCAUCCUUUACAACGAAACCCAUAUCAGCACUUAAUAACAUGUUAAACCAAUUCACACCAACUGAAAAUAAACCUAUUGAGACUAGUGAACCAGUCAAAGAAAAGAUGUCCAAUCUUUUCACAAUGACAACGAAAUAUAACGUGCCAGAUGUUUUGGGCAAUUCUAAUAUGAUUACAAUCAAACGGGUUGAACCGAAAAGUGAUUCGAAAGAUAAAUCGAAAGAGAAUGUCCCAGCAAAGACAGAGAAUGUAAUUUUGACGAUUCCUAAAGUGAAUAAAGAUGAUAAAAAGGAAAAUGAGCCGAAACCACUUAGUAUGCAAAAUACGAAUAAACCUUUGUUUAGUUCUGUUGCUCAACCAGUUGCAAUUACUUCUGCAUUUACUAGUAAAGCAGGUGAUUUACAAAAAUCUGACGAAACUAAAGGAAAACUAGAAACAGAAACGCCUAAGGAAGCUCAGAAAUCUACAGCAGCGCCUGUGUCUUCAGCAUCCAUAUUUGCUACAGCCAAUGCUACUAUUACAAUACCUAAACCAAAGUCAGUGUUUGGAUCUCCUGCAACAACAUCGGCACCUACAUCAUUUCAAUCAAUAUCUACCUCUAAACCUGAUUCUUCAAGUAUAUUUGCAGCAGCAAAUACGUCUACUCCAAAAACCCAGUCAAGUUCAAUAUUUGCUGCAAACUCAACCCCUUCAAGUGUCUUCGGCGCAAAGCCUUCUAUAUUUGGCACUACAGCCACCACUGUUGCAAGUACUACUUCAGAGAUUGCGAAAUCAACUGAAAAUACUUCAGUGGCAUCAACGGAAUCCUCUACAUUUGGGACAGCGAAAUCAGUAUUCGGUUCUGCGUUUACUGCCACAACUGCCUCUGUUACUCCAUCCACCAAAACAUCUGAAACUUCCACACCUACUACCCCAAGUACACCAUCUACAACUCAAAGCGUUGUUUCAACUGCGGCUAGCCCAUCAGUUACAACUACAUCGUCAAUAUUUGGUUCAGUAACAUCAACCACACAGCCCUCAGUAUUUGGUGGUGUACCAUCAUCAACCACUGUAUUCGGUUCUUCCACUCCAUCUUCUGUUUUCGGUAGUGGCGCUGCAAAGUCUGCUUUCGGAACGUUCUCAGUUAGCACUACUACAACCAGUUCAACUACUAAAACAUCUACACCAAGCACUACAUCAUCAGUAGUUGGAAGUACAACACCUACGUCUGUAUUUGGAACUCAAGCGUCUGUGUUUGGGAGCACAACAACAACAACACCAUCUGUAUUUGGAACUGCAACAACUAAAUCAACAGACACUGUAACAACCACAGCAUCUGUAUUCGGUAGUACCGCCACAACUUCUGCUCCAGUGCUUGGAAGUACUGCCCCAACACCUGCUUCAGUAUUUGGAAGUACUGCCUCAACUCCUGCUUCAGUAUUUGGAAGUACUGCUCCAACUACUGCUUCAGUAUUUGGAAGUACUGCUCCAACUCCUGCUUCAGUACUUGGAAGUACUGCCACAACACCUGCUUCAGUAUUUGGAAGUACUGCUCCAACUCCUGCUUCAGUAUUUGGGAGUACUGCUCCAACUCCUGCUUCAGUACUUGGAAGUACUGCCUCAACUCCAGCCUCUGUAUUUGGAAGUACUGCUCCAACUCCUGCUUCAGUAUUUGGAAGUACUGUCACAACUUCAGCCUCAGCAUUUGGAAGUACAACUUCAUCUGUAUUUGGCACAACAACCUCACCAUCCGUAUUUGCAACCGCAGCUAAAUCUGCAUUUGGCAGUCCUACCACCACGCAAAGCUCAGUUUUUGCUCCUACGUCAACUCCAUCCGUAUUCUCUGGAGCGAAUCAGAAUCAGUCUGUAUUCGGAACACCGGCCACUCAAGCCUCAGUAUUUGGUGCGCCAACAACACAAGCGUCCGUAUUCGGGAGCCCUGCGACUUUUGGAAGCACAUCAACAACUCAAUCUGUAUUCGGAACACCAACUACGCAAUCUUCUGUCUUUGGUAGUCCACAGACUACGCAAUCAUCCGUAUUCGGGACUCCUGCUUUUGGUUCACAACCUAGCCAAUCAGUAUUUGGCAGUCCGACAUCAUCAGUUUUCGGUGCGCAAACCCAAGCAUCUGUGUUUGGUACCCCAACACAAUCCACCCAAGGUUCAGUGUUUGGUACUCCAACUCAGACCACUGAAGCGUCUGUCUUUGGCACACCUACUACAUCCUUUGGUCAGAGCGUGUUUGGGAGCCCGGCUACUACGACGCAAAGCUCCAUGUUCGGUGGAGAGUCGCUGUUCGCUUCGGUUAAUAUUUCGACGACUAGUGCUUCUAGCGGCGGAAGCAUUUUUGGAGGAUCGACCGGCUCCCCAGCGUUCGGCAGCAGCAACACCAACGUUUUCGGCGGCAAAACCACUUUCGGCCAACCCAACCCUGCUGCCGAAGCCAUUUUCGGCGGCGGUGGGGGUGGAGGGGGAUUCGGACAAACGCAACCCGCCAAUAAUUUCUGGGGGAGCAAUAAUAACAGCAGCGGUGGAUUUGGCUCUAGUGGUUUUGGUCAACAAGCAACGACGCAAUCGUCGUCCGUGUUCGGAACGGGCAGCUUCAGCGCCCCCUCGCCGCCGGGACAGGCAUUCGGCUCGCCCACCUCUUCCACAGGAGGAUUCGGCAGUGGUUUUGGUUCCAAAGCUGUUUUCGGACAACCAGCCGGUUUCGGUUCCCCAACUAGUUCCGGGUUCGGCGCGCCGGCGGCAUUCGGCGCCCUCAACAAGAGCCCGGGCGGGUUCGGCGCGCCCCCGGCCUUCGGAGGGUCGGCCUUCGGCGGGAGCUCGCCCGGCGGGAGCGUGUUUGGAGGCGCAGCACCCGCUACAGGAUUCGGCUCGCCCACCCAAUCCAACGCCACGUUCGAGAGCCUAGCCACGCAGAACACGCUGACGUUCGGAAACUUGGCCCAGCAUAGCGCGCCCGCGCAGCCCGCGCCCAGCUUCAAUACGUCACCAUCGUUCACGGGCUGGCGCGGCUGAUGACAACUGCACAGAGGUCGAACUGUGCGGUUAAAACAACUCUUGUAACAUCUUCUUAGAGCAGCGGUCACUAAUAUUAACAAAGUGCGGCCCGCGUCAACUUCGUUAACUACUAUGUGGCCCUUGUCUGCUAAAAGGUUGCCUAGAGCAUUUGGUUAUUAAAUGCUCUAAGAACAUCUCAAACAAAUGUGGACGUUAUUCUUAUUAUUUGUAUCUAUGGUUAAAAAUGCGUACACAACGAGCUAACGUACUUAUUACAGAUGUAGCGCAUAAUUAUUUUAUUUCGUAUUUUCACGGAAACGUACGAACGUGUCUUGCUACUUCAUUCAGUCUCGGUACAAAAAGUACUGAGGUUGACUGAAGUAGCAUGACAAAUACGAACGUUUCCGUGAAAAUAGGAUGGAAAACAAUUAUGCACUACAUCUGUAUGCAUACAAGUAGCCACGUAUGGUACUUAACGAAUUCUUUCGCUCGGUGUGGACGCACUAUAAUGUAAAAGUAAAAACAAUUGUAAUCAAGACGUGAUGUUGAACAGUGAAAUUGUAAACUUAUUUAUAAAUAUCUCUAAAUGUAAUGUGUAUGUAGGAUUAUUAUAAUAAACAAAUUGGCUGAUUGAACGUA